AUGGCCAUCGAUCCCGUUGGCAUUUAUCGGCCUCCCGUCCAGCUCUCGCCCACGGCGCUUCGGACACCACCCCCACGAGCCCAGUCCCCGGACCGAUCGUCCGUGCCGAACUACCAGAUCCUUGAUCCCCUCCUCCGUAGUCUCUCCCCCGAAUCCACGCUCAAUGCGCUGUCCUCGACCGAUGCCGUCCCUCGGAAUGAGAAGGCGGCCCACGAUAUCCUGUCGCGAAGCAUCUCUCAGGUCUCUCCGGCCGAACGAGCGCUGGGAAUUCGCGCGGCCGUAGCGGCGCAACAUCUCAACUUGUGGUACAGAGAAAUCCAGGCGUGGUCCUGGCCGAAACGAGCCGACGUACACCUGGGGAAGGGCUUUGUUCCCCCCAUUGAUCCCGCGGAGGAGCAUUAUGGGGGUCUUCCGGCGGCUGUGGUCACCGAACACGAAAAGCGCAUCGAGGAGAUUCGGGACGGCUUGGAUAGCUUGGAUGUCGAUGAGCUGAAAGAACACGUGCUAAAUGCCCACAUUCCAGCGCGGUCUCGGCCGUCGUCGGCAAACAGCACCGUGUCCGUGCCGCCUCCCCUCAGUUAUGUGCAACUAAGCGACUUUACCACCGUCAUUACCGCCACCAUCCUCCGCGUCCUACCCCUCCUCUCCCGCUUGAAUAGCCUUCUCGCCACGUGGGACGUGCGACUGCUAGUCCUUCGCCAGGUCCCAGGACUCCUGCGAGGUCUACACCAGGCCCGGUCAGAACUAGAUUCAGCCUCGGCGCUGUUAAAGUCAUCGACCCCCCCGGGCGAAGAGGAUGUCCUGUAUUCGAGGGCAAACUACCACGCGAAGCGCGUGGCCUUGGAAUCCGCCGUCCUGUCCGUUGGCUGUAGAAUGGACCGCCUCCUGGAUGCGCUCGAGGGCCGAGAAGACUCGUUACCCGAAAGUUGGAUCGAUGACCUGGAAGCCGUCGAGGCGGAUUUUGGGUCUUGGGUCAUGGAGGCGGAAAAACGCGCCGUCGAGAACGAAUGGCGCCGCAUGCUAGCCAACACCAAGAAGGACGCAAUGCAGCAGGAAUUGAGCCAAUGCUCGCCAGCUGAAUCGAUCAGCAAGGGCGAAGAUGUGGUGCGAUCAAUCCGUGCUGCCUCAGAGCCUGUAUUGCAAACCGCACGCCCUUCCCACAUGGAAACCAUUGUGGAAGAGGUUCUUAGCCCCGUUGAAUCUGUUCGAUCCCGCCAAUGUCAGGACUAUCUGAGUGUUGCGCCUGCCCAAACCACGGUCGCUCCUAGUCCUGUGGUGAAUAAUGACGCUGUUGCCGACUCUACUUCUGUCACUUCCAGCUCAGACUCCACAGAUUCCUCGCAUAGUUCCGCAUCCCCUCCGCAGCCAGAAGAAGGGCCUGCUGUGAAAGAGGAGUCGGAUCUCUCGGACAACAAUACCAAUGCUACUAGUACCCCUACAACAAAUACCCCAUACGCAAGGCCUACCGACCCUGAACCGUUUGAAAACGAGCCUCGAGCCCGAAAUCCUGUUGUGCACGAAAGGGACACCACUCCCGAUAGUCCUCUCGUGUCUGAUGCUACCCCGGCCACGGGACCCUCUAGCAGUCAGCAGUCCCCUGUUGAUCGGAACACGGUCGAUGUCGCGGAGCUUGCACCUGCCAUGGCGGACGAAGACAAUGCGACAUCGGAUGGUUCUUCGUUGCGCAACGAACCGGCGCAUGUGGAAGAAACUUCGCUGCCAGUCGAGACGUCCUCCGAAGAAUCUGUCUGCAGCACGAAUGAUGAUCAUUCGUCGUCCUCGGAUCCCAACGAAGUGGAACAUACAUUGGAUCUUUCUAAUUCGCAGCCCCCUGUCCACAGCGAACCAUCCUUAGUCCGGGAGGACGAUGUCAGAGACUCUGAACUCCAUCCUCGUCCGCUCGAUGAUGCCUCCGACCAACUGCAUGUCCCAUCGACCGGCGAGGCAACGGCGCUGCCAGUUGUGACCGCCCGAACCACGCCCGCUGAGGCUCGUGCAAUCAACCUGGGCGCUCAGCGCUCUCGUGGGUCUGUUACUCCCCCGCCUGAGCGUCACCAGAACUCGGUGUCCCUAGUUGAUGAAAAGAAACAUGAACCCCCCGCAUGCGACGGGCAUGACAAUGAGGCUCAAAUCCGGCGACCCAAGAAGCCACUGGAAAGCCCUAUCAAGCUAUCCACAGGCCGGCCAGGUCGUACGAGUCUUGGUCAGAACACCAAGCCUCGCGUGCGGCGAGAGUCCAACAUCUCCGCUGGGACCUCUGAUUAUCCCUCGCUGGUGUCUAGCCCAGACAUUCGGGAACCGCGAACUACGUCGUCCAACGGAACCCCUCUUGCUUUACAGACACCCCCUCACAUUCAGCCUAACUAUCGCGCAACUAGCCCUACGCCGCCGAAGAGCGCUCACACGCUGCGGGAAGACCGCCUGGUCCGCCUCGACAGCCAAAAGAGGACUCCCCCGACGGCAUUCAAACACAACAGAGCAUUGAGUCUUCCCCUUGAGCGCUUCAUCAACGAAAGCAUGAAUUUCGACUAUGACCCCGAGAGUGGUGACGAUGCGGACACUUCUCCAGCCGCUCAAAGAGCCACCAGAGCGUCUGCCGAUCUGUCUUUCCAGACGGAGCGACGGCCAGUAGACUCACCCCACCACAGAUCGUCGACACCGACAAAUGGUCCUCGGCGUCCCGCCAGAGGUCGUCUGGAGCCUCCUCUUGAAGAGACCACGGUGCAAGGAUCGAUUAACUCCCCCAAAAAGCUCCUCAAUCCCUGGGAGCACAAUAAAAAUGCCUUUGUUAAGAAUUCUUCAUCUGAAGCCACGCACCCAGAACCCGCCGCUGCCAAACACUCGACUACCAAUCGGUUGCGGAAACAGCUGACAGCUCACCCAAGCCUUGAAAGCAUUGGUUCAUACAAAACUAAAUCGCGGCCCGCUGAACAAGCCCCAGCUUCUUCGGUACGCAAGACAGGCUCCCGAUCCUCCACUCCCACCAACCAGCCGAGGAAACCGCGAGACCAUCUGGAUGAGAAGAUCAGCUCUAUCCUCACAACCAUCCCCACGCGUAUUCGUCUGAUGUCGUCCGAAGAGCAUCCCAAUGACGGCCGUUCUGUGAGCUCGUCCCUGCCCCUAAAGGCAAGAGAACGCUUCCGUUCCGUAUCGCCAUCGGGCACCCCGUCGCGCAGCAGCACCCCUGCUCCAUCCCUCAUGCUCACGCCAGCAAUGCCACGCAGAAGACUGUCUCAUGCGCCGGAAGAGGGCUCCGUGAAGCUCUACCACCUCCACCAGAACGGAAAAUCUGCCCCAACCAAGCUUUUCGUGCGGGCUGUAGGUGAGAGCGGCGAGCGUGUGAUGGUGCGCGUGGGGGGUGGAUGGGCCGAUCUAGGUGAAUACUUGCGAGAGUAUGCAAUCCACCAUGGCCGUCGCCAUGUCUCAGAGACCCCCCGCGUCGAGGUUGAAGGGCUAUCCUCCCGCGGUUCCACUCCAACUGGCUCCCCAGGGAAUAGAUACAGUCCCAGUGGCAAUGGCCGCACCACCCCCUCUCGACCGCGAUCCGUCAUCAGCAACCGGCCCGCAUCGUCGCUAGACGUCCGCAAAAAGCGACGUCCGUCUAACGUCUCGGACGCCACCGAUUUCAGGGCCGCCAGUGCCGGGGAGGCCCUGAACCUGUCCUUUUCUCCCAUGUCGUCUGUCUCGCGCAGACGACUUUCCGUGUCUUCGAAUGCUUCCUUCGGCGCUACGUCCUCUGUGAGCGAGGCCCGCCAUGGCUCCCCUGCCGUUCCCCUCGGGCUCGCGGGCCCGACACCCCGCUCCAGACAGAUCUCCAUGACUCCUGAGAGUGAGGCGUGGGUAGAGGACGUCCUUGGACAAGCCCGACGAAGCUCGUCCCUGAAGCCCUCCAGAUGCAAUGCACCACUCCAGGAGUCAGAGCCCGUCCCAGUUAGAGUCCCGACUUUGCCGAAAUCUCGAAGCAUCAGUGACAUUGGCAAAGCUGGAUCAAGCCGACGAAUCGCAUUGCGAGGGCUAGGCAACCGGUGAUUCCGACAUCUUGGCACUUCCCCUUUAUCAUUCCACCAAUACCUACCUCCGACCUCUCUUCCCCCAAUAUCAUCCUCCAUUCCUCAUCUUUUUUUUUUUUUUUU